AUGCUUCUUUGGCGAAGGAGGUGGUCCAGCCGCGGUGGAGAGGCGACGCCGACGAGGGAGAAUAAACAGGAGGAAGGAAAGGAAGAAGGUGUAAACGAAGAUGAGGGAGGCUCUGAGGGCUUUAUGAAGCGGAAGCAACUCGACGAAGAGGCUACUUCAAUGUGGAAGAGAUUCACGAAGGGAAAAAAGGUUCAACUCGCAUUCAUUGCGAAUGAUUCUGCAAGGAAGUUAACAUGCAAGAAAAGGAAGAAGGGAUUGCUGAAAAAGGUUGAUGAACUCAGCACCCUUUGCGGCAUUAACGCAUGCGCUAUAGUUUAUAGCCCCAAUGAUCCCGAGCCAGAGGUUUGGCCAUCCCAUUGGGGUGUGCAUAGGGUGCUGGAAAAGUUCACGACCAUGCCUGAAUUGGAGCAAAGCAAGAAGAUGGUGAACCAAGAGAGUUUUACUGCACAAAGGAUCCAGAAGGGUAACGAGCAAAUGAUGAAGCUGAUGAAGGACAAUAGGGAGAAGGAGUUAACCUUGUUCAUGUUUCAGUGCCUUAAUGCUGGUAGGGUUCAGCCUAAUAAUAACGUGACCGAAGAUGAUUUGAAUGUUUUUUCAUCGAUGAUUGAUCAGAACCUGAAGGACCUUAGUGAAAGGAUGGAGGCUCUGAAAGUUAAUGAGAUGACACCAAAUAUCGAUCAAUCCCGGAUGGAAAUUCCAACAUUGAAUUAUGGCCAUGGGUCGGAUAUCAAUAUUGCUGACCCCAUGCAAAGCCAGUGGUUUAUGGAUCACUUGCUUAAUUGUGGUGAUGGUGAUGAGACAUUAAUAAUGCCUCCGUUUGAUGAUGCUAAUCUCCAACUCCAAACUGACUUUAUGUCAAACCUGUUACCUUGA